CGCCGCGCGAAGCGAAGGGUGGGGGACAGGAUGCAGCGAGGGGUCCUUUCCUGUGCCCGGACCCGCCGCUGCCCACCCACCCACACACGCUGCGAGGGUGGCUGGUUCCCUCCCAGGGCCCGAGGUCCGGAUGCGCCUGCCGAAGGGCGCGCGAACCCCACCCCUCCGGGAUCCCUGCGCGGGGGCUGCAUCGCAGGUGGUGUGGGCAAAGGUCAAAAAACUGUCAGUCAAGAGAAGGCUGAGAAGGUGAGAAGUGGUUGAAAGAAGGCUUAUAAAGAAAGAAAAAAGUCUAACUAUCAAAACGGCUUACUGCGGGAGAAGCCCCGAGAUAGGCCAGGCCUAUUGCUCUGGGCUGGCAGGAGGUCUGUUCAACCACUGCUGGCCAGGCCAGGCCGAGGUGAGGUGUGCUGAGGCAGGAGCUUCCUUUUCCUACGGAGGAACCUUCCCCGGACCGCCGGCGCCACUACCACCACCAGCCGCUGGCAUGGGGGAGAAAUCUCACACGUGCCCCUACUGCGGGAAAGGCUUCCGGCGCAAUUCGCACCUGACCCGACACAUGGCCACCCAUUCCGGGCUCCAGCGCCCCUUGGGCGGGAAGCGCCUCGGGCAGCAGGUGCAGGAAGAGGACCGGCCAUUCAGCUGCAGCUACUGCGGGAAGAGCUUUGCCAAGAGCGCCCACCUGGCGCGGCACCAGGAGACCCAUUCGGGGGAGAGGCCCUACAAGUGCACCUACUGCGGGAAGGCCUUUGGGCGCAACUCCCACCUCACCCGGCACCACAGCACGCACACCGGGGAGCGCCCGUACGAGUGUGGCGUCUGCGGCAAAGCUUUCACGCGCAGCGCCCACGUCACCCGACACCAGGGCACACACACCGGGGAGAGGCCUUUCCGCUGCACGCGCUGCGGCAAGCGCUUCACCCGCAGUGCACACCUGCAGCGCCACCAAGGCAUCCACAGCGGGGACAAGCCCUUCUCCUGCGGCGACUGCGGGAAGGGCUUCACCCGCAACGCCCACCUGGAGCGCCACCGUGCCACGCAUUCGGGGGAGAAACCUUUCAAGUGUGCCAGCUGCGGGAAAGGGUUUGGGGCAGCCUCCCACCUUGUAAGGCACCAGAGAACCCAUAAAGUUUAGUCAACUGGGUUGGUCCUAUAUCCAUCCAAACGGGGGGUGAGAAAUGGCCAGUAUUGGACGUACGUUUGUCUUUAUGUCAGGAUGGCUCUCCCCUCCCCCCAACUUUUCUCCAUGCUAUAAAAUAACCUGAGUGUUUAGCUGCUGUAAUUUGAGAGAGAACUGGGCAUAGCAAACUCAGCAGUGGUUGGUCCCUGGUCUGCACAAAGACUGAAGCAAUGUGUACUUCACACACUCAGUUCAUUUGCAGACCUAAUUAUAAUUUUAAAUGAUGGAACUGCAGGUUGUUCUGCUACUUCUUUCAGAGUGGGAAGGACAGUGUCAAAUCUUCCCGACACCACCUGUAUGAGGAGGUGGGUGUUUUUCCUUCUCUUCAGUAUGGCAAAUGAAGGCCACCCUUUUUAAAUUUCCACUUGGCUAUCAAGAAAUAUGCUGUGCGUCAAAAGUAAGAAACUCUGAAAGAACACUUAGACUUGAGGUGUUUGCAAUCCCCCAUGCACACCUCCAGCAUCUCAACGGAUGUGUGAGCAUGUUGUAAUCAUGCCAAUCUGCAGAGU